CCUAUAUCUUCGGUUCCACUCCACACCCACCACUGUACUGUACUUCUACUUUCUAUUCCUUCUGCGUCUGCUUGUUUCUUUUUGAUGCGGCAUUGUGUUGCUCCCGAUCGGGUCUGAUUGGAGCUGGAUUUUGGGCUUUAAUAGGGUUAGGAGCUGGGGAUACUGUAAAAGGUUUGAUCUUGUUCUGCGGCCGCGAUAGGAAGAGGGAGGAACGGAGAUGAACGGAGCUGGGAGACAGGGGCUGAGAUCUGCAGCGACGGGAGUGCAUCACCAGCGUCAGUACUCCGAUAACUUCAUGGAUAACUCGUCCAAUGGGAGGUGGCUUCAAUCGGCUGGUCUUCAACACUUGCAAACCUCCGGAAAUCCCAUUCCUCCACUUCAGGACUACAACUUCUAUGGAAGGGGUGGGCAGGAAAACAGAAUGCUAAGGAACGCACAGAAGAGCUUCAAUGGUGCGAGCGAUUAUUACAUGGAGCCAUCAACACCUCCAGGGAAUUAUCGGGCUUCUGGUCCGAAAAAGAAUGGUGAAGAUUCACCCAGUGAUUUCAGCCCUGGGCUGUUGGAUCUGCAUUCAUUUGACACGGAGCUUCUUCCUGAAAUGCCAGUAUCCAAUGUAUAUGAUAGUACUUCCUUGCAUCGACCUGUCCAAGAUAGAAGCUUUGAUGACUCUGAACCUUACAUUUCUGGCAAACAGACUGGCCGAGCUCGUGUUGCGGAAAACAAUCUCCUCAAAAGUUUUUCUGCAGACAAAGAGAAAUCUAGUUCUGUUGCAAAAAUUAAAGUUGUGGUUCGCAAGAGGCCACUUAACAAGAAGGAAAUUGCAAAGAAUGAGGAAGACAUAAUAGAGACAAAUUCGAAUUGUUUGACAGUACAUGAGACUAAACUUAAGGUUGACCUAACUCAGUAUGUCGAGAAGCACGAAUUUGUUUUUGAUGCUGUCCUGAAUGAAGAGGUCACGAAUGAAGAGGUUUAUAGUGAAACAGUGGAACCCAUAGUUCCAAUAAUCUUUCAACGCACCAAGGCUACUUGCUUUGCAUAUGGACAGACAGGAAGUGGAAAGACUUAUACAAUGAAGCCACUGCCACUUAAAGCAUCAAAGGACAUCUUGAGAUUGAUGCAACAUACUUACAGGAACCAAGGAUUUCAGUUAUUUGUGAGUUUCUUUGAAAUAUAUGGUGGAAAGCUUUUUGAUCUCCUUAAUGAUCGAAAAAAGCUUUGCAUGAGGGAGGAUGGUAAGCAGCAAGUUUGCAUUGUGGGUUUGCAAGAGUACAGAGUUACUGAUGUAGAGACCAUCAAGGAAUUGAUUGAGAAAGGAAAUUCCACGAGAAGUACAGGCACCACUGGUGCAAAUGAGGAAUCUUCACGGUCACAUGCAAUACUUCAACUAGCUAUCAAGAGGUCAACUGAUGGCAAUGAAUCCAAGCCUCCCCGUCUUGUUGGCAAGCUCUCCUUCAUAGAUCUUGCUGGAAGUGAACGUGGAGCUGAUACUACUGAUAAUGACAAACAGACAAGAAUAGAAGGUGCUGAAAUCAAUAAGAGCUUACUUGCCCUAAAGGAAUGCAUAAGAGCCCUUGAUAACGACCAGGGACACAUUCCUUUCCGAGGCAGUAAACUAACCGAAGUUUUGAGGGAUUCAUUUGUUGGUAACUCCCGCACUGUUAUGAUCUCAUGCAUAUCACCGAGCUCUGGUUCUUGUGAACAUACUCUGAAUACAUUAAGAUACGCUGACAGGGUGAAAAGCCUGUCGAAAGGGAAUACCACCAAGAAGGAUGUUUCAUCUACAAAUUUUAAUCCCAAAGAAUCAACUACCGUUCCCUUAUCUUCAAUUACUACAUCAACUUAUGAGGAUCGCACUGCUGAUACAUGGCCCGAAGAAGAUGAUGGGGAUGAGUUUAGUCCACCUGAAGAGUACUAUGAUCAAGUAAAACCAUCAUGGAAAAAAAAUGGAAAGAUAGAGCCAUAUGGCACCACCGAUGACAAAUUGAAGAAGCCCAAUGGUCAGACCCAGAUAAAAUGGAAUGACCUCCCAAAAGCUGAACCUAAGGUUGUGCAUUCAGAAGAUGAUUUAAAUGCUCUCUUAAAGGAAGAGGAGGACCUUGUAAAUGCUCAUCGGAAACAAGUGGAGGAGACUAUGAAUAUUGUGAAAGAGGAGAUGAACCUCUUGGUUGAAGCAGAUCAACCAGGAAAUCAACUUGAUGAUUAUAUAGUAAGACUAAAUGCCAUUCUAUCUCAGAAGGCUGCUGGCAUCCUGCAGUUGCAAACCCGUUUAGCUCAUUUCCAAAGACGUUUGAAGGAGCAUAAUGUUUUGGUUUCAUCUGCUGGCUACUAAUAUUAAUAAAGGACACAUAGUCUGCGAUGGUUAUAUUUCUGACGCCGAGUCCAUGCAUUCUGUGAUUCAAUUGAAAUUUAUCUGAAUCUGGCAUAUGUGGGAAUCUGGUUUGUGAUUCAUUACUCCGAAUCCUACUUUUUCCUCAGGGUAGCUGGAGCCUUCUUUUUUCUCCUUUGCCUUUUGAGCAUAUAGGCAUGUGUUGGUUUACCAGGCUUGGUUGUAUAAAGUUCUCCAUAAAUGCAAUUGUAGCUCUUAUUAAUUAGUCUACUGCUUACCCUGCGGUUG